AAAAGAGGCGGGACUUCGUAGGCGCGGGUCAAAGAUGUUGUUGUGCUGAUGUGUCAGAGUGUUGUUAAAAUAUCAAAACUCUUUUGUACAACAUGUCUUCCUUUGUGACUGAAGUGCUCGCCAGCUCUGGCAAACUGGAGAAGGAGGACUUGUCCAGCAAAAUAAGCAAAAUCUCUCGAAAAGUGGAGGACACGAAGGAGGAAGUAUGUGACAUGAUGAAUAAGAAGUACAGUGAAUUUCAACCAAGCCUUCAAACAUCUGAGGACCUAAUGCUGCAGGUUAAUGUAGUUUCCAAAGAAAUGGAGGCUCUUAAAAUCCACAUUGAGACUGAAGUGCAGCAGAACAUCCAUGUCGCUGUGAAUGAAUACACAAAGCUUAAGCAGCAGCUGGAGAAAAACACUAAUAUCAUAAAAAUGCUUGAACACCUUAAAGAGUUUCACAGUGCGAUGGAGGAGUUCAAUAAAGCAUUACAGGAGAAGAACUAUGUUGAUGCUGCCAAUCAUCUAGAAAGGGCAAGGAAGAGUGUGGAUUUACUGAAGGACUGGAAAACAGCUCAGCUGUCUCUUCUCAGUGCUCUGAGCUCCGAGCUGACUGUGCAGAGAGAGAACCUAAUUUACCACCUGGGAGACGAAUGGAAGCGCCUCGUCAUCUGGAAAUUACCACCCUCGAAGGAUUCUGCUGACCAGAAGUCCUUCCUGAACGCUCAUCUGAUCCUGAAUGAUGCCUCCAGGAAAGACGAUGAAUCCAAACCUUCUGCUCUGUUGUGCUCCGUUCUGCAAGCUCUAGCCAUCCAAGGAGACCUUCAGCACAAAAUCAAACUCUUCAGUCAGGUGCUUAUGAAGUACAUGUUGAAGCCGUUGGUGAUGCAUGCGUCUCUGUCAGUGAGAGUAUCAGAGCAGCAGGGCGAGGGAACCAUGCUGGCUUUGCAACGUUUUGAAGAGAGCCAUGAGGAGCAAUCCACUCCUUCACAAGUGUACAGUAAACUACUUCUAGUGCUCAAGACACUGCACUCUCACCUGCUGGACGUGUCCAUCGGCAAUAAAAAGCUCUCGGCCAUCCUGGGAGAGUUGAUUUGGGAAGAAAUGUCGCAGUGUAUCAUCCACGAGUGUCUCGUGUACUCCAUCCCAACCAACAGCAAUGAGCUGGAGAAAUACAUCACCGUAAUUAAAGAAACGGAGGAGUUUGAGAAGGCCCUGAAGCAGAUGGAGUAUCUGCAGGGUGAUUCCACAGACCUGCUCAGAUAUGCCAGAGACGUCAACUGUCACUUCGCCAGCAAGAAGUGCAGAGAUGUUAUUGUGGCAGCGCGCAAACUGAUGACCUCCAAGAUGCACAACACCAUUAAAAUCACUCCAGAUUCAAAGCUGCGUUUGCCCAAGCUCCCUGCUCCAAGUUCUGAGGCGAAGGUGAAGCAGCAGGAGGCCGUGAAGGAGGAGAUGACGUUGGAGAACUCGAAGCAGUUGUCUGCUUCCAGCCUGCGUCUGCCCGCCUGUCGCAUCAGCGAGUCGGUGCAGCAGCUGAUGGAGCUGGCGCUCAACACCCUGUGUGAAGCUGUUGGAAGCUCCAUGCAGUGUGCCUUGCAGCUCUUCUUCACAGUGAGGAACAUUUUCCAGCUGUUCUAUGACGUCGUGCCUACAUACCAUAAGGAAAACCUCAAGUUACCUCAACUAGCUGCCAUUCAGCACAACAACUGCAUGUACCUUGCGCACCACCUGCUCACUCUGGGUCACCACUUCAGAGCCCAUCUUCCACAGCCCCUCAGUGAAGGUGUUGCGACUUUUGUUGACAUGGUGCCUGGAUUCAGGAAGCUCGGUGCUCAGUGCUUCUUAGCGCAGCUGAACAUUCAGAGAGCUGAUCUGCUGGAGAGACUGUCCACCGCUCACAACUUCUGCAACCUGGAUGAUGAAAAGAACUACACCGCAGCCAGCAAAGCAGUAAGACAGGUCAAUCAUCAGCUGAAGCAGCUGGGGACGGUGUGGCAGGACGUCCUCCCUGUCAGCAUCUAUUGUAAAGCCAUGGGCAACCUCCUCAACACGGCUGUUUCAGAGAUUAUUGCCAAAAUCAUGAUGCUUGAGGAUAUUUCCUCUGAGGAUGGGGAGCACCUCCACACCUUGUGCCAAAGCGUCAUUGAGGAAGGUCCGCUGGUCUUCAUCCCUCUGGCUGAAGAGAACAAAAAUAGGAAAUAUCAGGAGGAAGUGGCCCUCUAUGUGAAGAAGUGGGGCACUUUCAAAGAGCUUGUCAUCGUGCUGCGGGCAAACCUGCAGGAGAUUGUUGAUCGGUGGGCUGAUGGGAAGGGUCCGCUGGCGGUGGAGUUCUCCAGUUCGGAGGUGAAGAGUCUGAUCCGAGCUUUGUUUCAGAACACAGAGAGGAGAGCUGCAGCUUUGACCAAAAUCAAAUAGAUUUUUGAACAAA